AAUACUAAAAAUAAGAUUCUGUAGAAAAAUUCUCGAAUAUAGAGGAAAAUAACAUUGAUAUUUACUUCCUAGAAGUAAUAUACUCAAUUUUAUUUCAUUUAUUAAUCUGGAAUAAAGUUGAUCACUUGACCAGUUAUAUUCCCAAAACUAUAAGGCUUUUCAUUCGUAAACGCUUAAUAUCUAUCAAAGGCGAUCUCAAAUGAAUUUUAGCGACCUUGUUUUUAAUGAUUCCAUUAAUAGCAGUCAGGGAAUUGCGGAUGGAAUUCCAUUUAUUUUGAUGCUACAAAUAGAGCGCGCCCUAACAACCGAAUGGAGAGCUUUUGUGGCAUCAUUUGAUUCAACAAUAUAUAAAAUAAAAGACAGUGAUAGAGAAAAAGCUGCAAUGUCCGAACAUAAAGCAGAGGGAAGUGCUAUUAGGGAAAUAAUAAAGAGAUUUAAAUGUAGGAAUAUGCCAGUUGACAUUUUUGCUAAAAGUAUAUUCAAUAUAGAAUGUAACGAAGCAUUGAUGGUGUUAUUUAAUCCAAAAUGUGUUACAAUUAUUGACGACUUGUCAGAUGAAGAUCUUGAAAUUUUAGAAGAUGAAGUGCUAUGCCUAAAAGUGAAAGCUACUGGUAUUCCAAUUCCAAAUUAUCAAUGGUUUCAAGAUGAAAAAUUAAUAGAAGGACAGACGUGUCCUGUGUUACAUAUCGAUAAGUUGAGAUUAUCGGAUUCUGGUAAAUAUUAUUGCAAAUUUACGCAGGACAGCAUUGGUCAAAAAAUAUUUUCUAAGACAAAAAAUUUGCGAGUCAUAGCACUUCCAGGAAUAAGACCAUCCAUGAGAGGGAUUUCAGAGAACAAUAACCAAGAUUGCGUUCAAUCACAGCAAGAUUUUAAUUUUUUGAAGAAUCUUCCUGAACGUAUCUCGAUAACAGGAGGAGGCGUUGAAGAAUUUUCAUUAAUUGUGAGUGGGAAAGAGAAUUUAAAAUUCAUGUGGUUCGCUAAUAACGUUGCAAUAGAUGAUUUCAUCUUCACUGUUAAAGACGGACCUGCUUGUUCUUGUCGUGAAAAUCAUGAUCAAAGAUGCUUGUUUUCAAAUGUAGCACCAGUGAACAUGUUGAAAAAAUCAACAAUAUCUAUCAAUACACAUAAUGUUGACUCUUAUGUCGAAUAUAAAAUACAAUGCCUUGUUAGAAGCACCUCUAGUAAAAUGUCAAAAAUUUCCAAUACGAUGCAUUUCAUUUGUGAUCAUAGGAGCUCUAACUUUCGUCCAGCACAAAAAAUAGCUCUACUUUUUGGUGUUUCUGAAUAUCAUUUCUCUACACAAUUGAAGCCUAUUGAAAAGAAGAUGCAAAAAUUGGAACAAGCGCUGGAAUCUUUAGAAUAUGAAACUUAUUCAUUCUUAAAUAUUAAUAAAUCUGAAAUGGAGCAAGCUAUUGAAUUAAUCAAAAAAUUCAUUCAACCAAAUGCUUAUUUUUUGUUCUAUUACGUUGGACAUGGCUUUACUCGUGAAAGUUCGCCAACGACCUACUUAACAGAUCCAGAUUCAGAUCUUCGCAAUGAAAACACUUGUCUGACCGAUGAUUACAUAUUCAAUAGUCUUAACAAUUGUCAGAAGAUGCUAAAUUCCGUCUUCGUCUUCGAUACAUGCAGAAUGAACAGCGCUAGCUGCGAAAAUGGCAGAAAUGGCGAAAUUCCGAGUGUUAAGGAAUCAAGGACAGAUAACGGAUACUUGAAACUAUAUGCAACAGCUUACGGCUUAAUGAACUAUAUACAAACGGAUGAAAAUGCUAAAAGUUUUGUAGAUUACUUCACGACUAUCCAUUUAGCACUUCUUCAAACUUCUAAUCCACAACUCUCGCAGAAAAUUCAUUCUGAUGUCACAAUCAAUUUGAAAAGAAGUUUAGCUGAUAAAAUUUCAUUGGACCCUAAUUCAAGUGUAAUAAAAAGGAAAGAUAUGUAUAUAAAAAAUGCUGUUGCAAGAGCUAUACCACAAUGCAGAUCCCAAGAAGGCCGAUGGCUGGACUCGAACCACUUUGGAAUCAGAUAUAAACUUAUCAAAGAAUUUUCUAAUGUUUUAGUGGUACAUAUUCUAUGGAAAGAAAAAGAAGGAUACUAUAAUUCAAAUAUUAUAGUGAAUACCGAGGAAGAUAACGGAAUUGAAUGUGGUAAAGAUGAGAAUAUAUCUAUUGCCCAUAAUUAUAGGAAUAAAUAUUUUAUUUUCAAGAAUUUACAGAGAUUUGAAUCAUUUAAAGGAUGGGAGCAAAAAUUUUAUUUCAUAGGAGAGAAUGCUAUGGGAAAACCUCUAGGGAAAAUUCCAUUUUCUCUCAGCUUCAAAAAACCUCUGAUCAUUGCUCUAAAGACACAUUUUACAAACUUAAACAAUCCAGAAACUGUCAGGACUCGAAGAGCAGAGGAAAACACUGACGCUUCUGACGACAGCCAUUGCUAG